AUGGGUAGAAAUCCUGUCGAGGCUUCCGGCGAAAUCCCUCCUGCGAUUCAAACCGUCUGCAAAACCUGGUUCGCUCUAAUUCAAAACCCCCAUUUCGUUGAUUUGCAUUAUCAUCACCGUAAUCGCAUUACCAGAAACAAUGAUUCUAUCCUUGUCGUCCGAUCCAUCACAACCGCAGACCCCCAACAGCAGCGCAGUAGUAUUUACGAUGAUAAUAGUGAAGUUGUGUUAUCCUUUUACUCUUCCGAAGCCCCGACGACAACUGCAUCAUCGACAAACCCCGUUCGAUUGCCAUCUGAUCUUUUCGGCCCUGGCUUGACCCUUCAGGGUGUUGUGCAAGUGUUCGGCCCUUGCAAUGGCAUAGUUUGCUUAACCAAUAACGUAAACAUUGUUUUAUGUAACCCUGCCACCAGAGAAUUCAAGGCGGUCCCUGUCCCGCCCUUUUCGUACCCGCGAGGGCUCAAGUCCCUGACUGAGGGAGUUGGAUUCGGAUACGACUCGCAAGACGAUAACUACAAGAUAGUCAGGAUCAUUGAGCUUUUCAACGACGACGAAGAUGUUUAUGUUUACGAUUCUCAAAGGGUCCAAGUAUUCGACUCGAGUAGUGAUUCUUGGAGACAUGUUGACGCCAGUGUCCCACUUUGUGUGACGCAUUUUCCUUGCUUUGAAAUGUUCUUCAAUGGGUCUUUUCACUUUUACGGAUGUCCUGAAGAUCAUGACCCGGUUACUGAAUCCAUCUUAGCGUUCGAUAUUCAUCAGGAGGUGUUCCGACAGAUUCCAUUCCCAGUUGUUUGUUCCAACUAUAGUCUUUCAGUCUUGCAUGAUUUGCUUGCCCUGAUAGUUUAUGAACCUCAACAGGUGGAGACACAGUAUGACAUUUGGGUGAUGCCUGAGUAUGGGGUUAAGGAGUCUUGGACUCGUAUGUAUAUGAUCGGACCACUAGUAGGAAUCCACGGGCCAUUGACAUUUUGGAAGGAUGAUGAGUUGCUCAUGGAAAGUAGCACUGGGCAGCUGGUGUCAUGUGACCUCAAUACCCAAGAAAUUAAGGAACUUCCAAUCCAUGGAAUUCCAAGUUCGUUACAUGGAAUUCCAAGUUUGUUACAGGGUCAUUUUUGUUUUAUGAUUUUUGCUUUUAUUACUAGAGAUUUGUUUGACAAACUGUAUUUUGUAUCUGUUUCCAGGAAUAUUGACUCCAAAAUGGUAAAAUAA